CCUAUCCGCAAUAAUGGAUCUUUAAAUAUUAGAGGGCGAAUUACGGAUAUUAUAAGAGAGAGAAACUUGGGAUUGGGCUGUAUCUAAUUGGGCUAGAUAAUGAGCAGCCCAAUUACAUUCUCUUAAGUGUGUCCGCAUGAAACCAAAGCUUUUUUGAAAGUUUCACACAUCUCAGCUAGCUUUUUCCAUCUCCCAGUAUAGUUUGUAUCAUUCAACAGAGCAAUAACACAAAGCAUGAAGCUUUGCUUCAAGAACAGAUUCCGCCGAGAUGUGGAAGGCCAAAGCAAAGAUCAGUUCGCCCGCUCUAUUCCGCAUAAUCGCACCACCUCUAGGUUGUCCAGUAGGUACAUGAUGCGGCGUGUGUUAGUUGCUCUGCUGGCUAUGUAUAUAAAUGCCUGCAAUGCUGAAAACCAGACCAUGACUGUUCUGGGUGUAUGUGUUAUAUCAUUGAUACCUGCACUAGCGUUGUUGGUGUGUGUCAUUAACUGCCUGAGUGGGGAGGAGAAACCAGAAAAAUCUAACGCGGCGGGCGGGCAAGUGUAGCUAGGUUUUCACGCUACACAAAUUUAAUUGACAGCCUUCAAUUCAGUGCUUUCGUAUUGAUGAAGUUCGACCUUUUCCGUUAUAUAACAUUACAUCGUACUUUUUAUUCUGCGCAUUUCAGUUUCAUCUAGUGCACAUUUCAAUCUCAUGUAGUGCACAAUUCAACUGCACAUAAUGUCACUCUAUCGUACCCUUUGUGAUGCACAUUUCAAUUUCAUCUAAAGCACAUUACAGUUUCAUCUA